GUCCACUAAUAUUCGAAUCACGAGACUGAGAUCGACAGUCGGCCGGCAGCCACCAUCACACACGGUACCGCGGAAUGGAUUUUACCGGUAAAGUCGUUAUCGUCACCGGUGCGAGUUCCGGCAUUGGCGCGGCCACCGCCAAGCUGUUUGCACAACAUGGAGCUACACUCGCGAUCGUAGGCAGAAACGAGGCGAGAUUACACAGCGUUGGAAACCUGUGUGAAGCUGCCAAAGGAAUACCGCCCUUAUGUCUCCUCUACGACCUGACUGUCGACCAGAACUGUGAAGAACUCGUCGAAAAGACCCUGCAAGCGUUCAAACAGAUCGAUGUACUUGUCAACUGCGCUGGGAAAAUAAGCGUUACUUCACUGUUUGAUACUACAAUGGAGAAUUUUGAUGAUCUGGUUGCUAUAAAUCUUCGGGCACCUUACAAAAUGACUCAACUGUGUACGCCACAUUUAAGGAAGACUAAAGGGAAUAUUGUCAAUGUCUUCGGAGCUCCUACGGCAGUCAAACCUGGAUUCAUGCACUUCGGCAUGUGUAAAGAUGCCAUGCAGAGGUUCACGAAAGCAGGUGCUUUGGAGUUAGUCGUCGAGGGCAUAAGAAUGAAUGCAGUGCGUCCAGGGUUGACAAGAACUAAUAUUUUGGGCAACUUAAACGUCCAGGAAACUGAUAUGGAUCAAGCUUAUGAGAAACUUGCCAAGACUGUGCCUAGCAAUGUGAUCAUUGAGCCUGAAGAGGUAGCUAGAAUGAUUCUGUUUGCUGCAAGUGAUAUUGCCCCAAACAUGACCGGUGCUAAUUUAGUAGUCGAUGGAGCUGCAUCGGGCAACAUUUAGUGAGCGUGUGAUAAAAUAAAAUCAAACAUGACAAAAUUACCGUGACCUAUAGUGUGAUUUAUGUUGAAAACAAUUUAAAUUUUGUCGCUGACAACGUAAAUACCACUGGAUUUCAUUGGGAAAUAUAACAAUAAUAUGGUAAGCCAUAUGUUAUCACAAUAAAACUCACUGGAGUAAAAUCUCAUAUUUUGUAACUGAUUUCGUUUUAAUUGGAAUCCACUGCAUAGUCCAUUACCACACAUGUUAUUAUUUCAUGACAUUGACACUAAAACAGCUGACUUUACACAUUCAAUUGUUUGGGAAGCCAUCCAUUCAAAUUGAGCUACAAUUAUUCAAAACUAUGUACAAUUAAAUCAACUCCACUCGACACACUUAAAUAGCUACAAUAAAAAUAAACAUACCAAAUCCGUGAAUUAUAAUUUUGGAGGCCAUUAAGAUUUUAAUUAACAAAAUUCUCGAAGUGACCAUUAUGUAAGAGCGUGAGCAUAUGAACGGAAUGAAUACAUAUUUACAAACAGUUGUAAAAAUACGACUCAAACUUAAGUUGGAUGAGGAAAACCUGUACAAUAAUAUUGUGAUGACGGUAAGCAAUUAUGACGUAAUUAUGACUGUCGCGUUAAUGUUGAGGUAACAGGUAUCUUAGACUGUUGUUGUUAAUAAGCACGUGUUUUUGUGGCCACAGAUCUGCAGCAUAGUAACUGUUUUUAUAUGUUAUUGAGGAAAUUAUUAUUGAUUUAUAAACACAUGACUUUGGUUAAAGGACUUUUUCGAGGACACCGCCUGAUAAACAAAUAAUUUUCUGGCUUCUUUUUUCAGAAAUAGUUGCUCUCUCUAGUUUUGCCUCAUUUAACUUUUUUUAUGGGAAAUCGUCAAAUGACCUCUCCUGCUGUGGGUGCAGCAUGAGGGAGUGUCAGACUCUUACUGACUAACGCCCAUCAUGUUCCUUCUUUAGUCCUUUAUAUAUCAGGGCCACGGUAACUCUUUCGAACAAUCCCGCCGCAAGGCAGGCUUUGGCCCUAGUGGGCCCCAAUGAGAUUUGCUGAUUCUCUUUGAAGAGCGCGUGGAACAACGACACGGAGUGUCUCAUUUACCUACCUACAUGAGUUAUGUUAUUACCUAGACGACACUAGGUUUUCCCGAUAGGAGAAAUCUUAUUUUUAUAAACAUCGUAGGCAAAAAAUUGCUAAAGAUCAGGCAAAAGAGUCUCAUGUACAUUUUCAAUUUAUCUGAGGUUGACAUUGGCAUUGAUAACAGAAGUCAUGGACCUGAAGAGAGUUCAUUCUAAGUUCUCAUAAUCAAUCAAGUUGUGAAUGAUGAUGCUGAUGAUGACUUAGUAGAUAAUAAUGCAGACUCAUUGCGGUUACGUAGACUAGACUUAACUAAAUCGAUUAACGACAGGUUUUUGCAGGUACACGUAGCUCUGUAGGCAUGAUUAAGCAAUAUAAACACCCAAGCAAGUUUAAAUAAUUUAUUGACUCAUGCACAUACCAAUAAACUAAGUAUAUACAAAAAAUCUAAUAAGGAUAAUGAAAGACUUAAUCAGGAGAGACAUCUGACUAGACCUACUGUUUUUUUUGUAUGGCUAAGAUAUUUCAUGCGAUUGCAUCAGUAUCCUCAGAUAUUUCCAAAAUUGCCUUGCUAGACCAUGCUUAAGUAUUGAACAUUUGUGCAAAAUCAUACUCGUAGCGUACCUACCUAGCGAUUUCAAGUGUAUAUUCAUCUAUCUAUCAAUAAACAAGACAGUUUCUUACUCCACAUAUUUGUAGCUGCCCCUUCACAAUCAAUUGACAUAACAAUCCCAAUUUACCUACAUACGAAGGCACAUAAUCCCAAAACAAUGCGAAGCCUAUAUUCACUUGUGAAAGCAACAAAAAUCUUCAUGUGGCACACUGAUGAAAACCCAAGCAUUGUUUGUAAGCCCCAGUGUUCGCGGUCGUGUAGUUUCAG